AUAUAUUCUGUGGUAUAUUUAUGGCAUAGAUUUGUUGCUCCUCCGGAUUGCCGGGUUUUUCCUUGAUUCCCCUUGAUCGGAUUGGCGUUGAAUGGCCGGCCAUGGAUUACCAGUACUUUGAGGAGGAAUCGGACUACAUAGAUCUGGACGAGGAGGAGGAUCUGGACGAGGAGGCGGUCGGCUUGGACUACACAUACGGAAAAGCAGCGGAGUUGGACGUGGAGGAGGAGGCGGAGGAUUACUAUGUGGGCGGCGAGGAGGAGGAGUUGCUAGACGGCUAUGGAGUGCUAGGCCUGCUCGAGACGUUGAAGAGCUGCGUGGAACCGUCGCUGCUGCAGGUGCUGCAGUACGUGGCGCCCAUGCUGCUCCUCUGCCUGCUGUGCCGCCUCCUGUGCCUGCUGUACUCGCAACGCAGACGCCUCACCAGCCUGGCGCCGCUGCACUUGCUCCACUGCACGUGCGGCCUGGUUCUGCUGUACUGCUCCCUGGGCCACCGCCUGCUGCUGCUGCUCCUGCUGGCCGCCGUGGGCUAUCUGCUGCUCCAGCUGCUGCGACUGGGUCGCCGCGGUGCCCGCCUCCUGGCCAUCCUCACCGUGGGCAGCCAGUUCCUCUACGAGCUGCUCCUUUGGCGCCGCCGCAGCGACUGGCCCCAGUUGCGCGGCAUCCAGAUGGUGGUCAACAUGAAGCUAAUCUCGCUGGGAUUCGACCUUACAGCCAGCAGUGCUGGUGGCGGCUCACAGCUGCAGGCGAGGAUUCCCGGUCCGCUGGCCUAUCUGGGCUACAUCUACAGCCCGGCCACCUGCGCUCUGGGUCCCUGGGUGAGCUUCGCCUGCUACAUGGACUGCCUGGUGCCGCGUAACGGCUGGCUGGUUAGCCUGCGGCGACUGGUGCCCAACGUCCUGCUCUGCAUCCUGGCCGUCAUCGUGUCCAAUUGCGUGGCGCCGGCGCUGAGUGACUUCUUUGGCGACAGCUCCCACUUCCUGGUCAUGUACUGGGAUGCGUUGAGCGUGCGCAGCAGCCACUACUUUGUGAGCAUCAUGGCGCAGGCGCUGCUGGUGGCCUCGGACCAGGGAUUGGAUGGGAUCGGAGCCAGCAGCAAGGAGUCGGAUCUGCUUGGUCCGCUCGUGACGCAACCCUGGCGGAUCGAGUGGCCCAGGUCGAUCAGUUCGCUGGUCAGGAGUUGGAACAUUCCCAUGCACGAGUGGCUCAAGCGGUACAUCUACGCUCCCAGCAAGAUGGACGCCGGCAUCAGUUCCAGGGCACGCACCUACCUGGUGUCCAGCCUGCUGCACGGCAUGGAUCUGCGCAUCUAUCUGGUGCUCAUCUCGCUGGCCGUCUUCGCCGAGGGCGAAACACUGCUGCGACGGCACCUCGCCAGCGCCCUGGAUGCCUGCAUCUCGGCGAAUCACUGCCCGGGAAGGCAGCGGUGUCGCUAUGGCCACUGCCCCAGCAAGCGGGGCUGGAAGUCCAUCUCCAGCUGGCUGGUGGGCAUGACCAAUCUGGCCCUCACGGCGCUGACCAUCUUCCACCUGGCCUAUCUGGGCGUGGUCCUGGUGGGCGAUGCCCUCAAGUUCGGCGACGAGGCGGACAACUUCCUCUGGCACUGGCGACAGGCGGGCUAUCUGAGCCACUACAUCGGCGUGGCCACCUUCGUGCUCUAUCUGUUCCUCUCGUAGAACAGAUAUGCUCGCCAUGACUGAUCCACACGUAUUUACAUACAUAUAUAUUUGUAAUCAUCUCUAAUCUUAAACGCAUCCAUUUUUGUACUUUUGUA